AGGACCACUUCUCUCCUUGGUUGUCCCCAAUACCUUCCUUUGGGAAUAUUUUGCAUUCUCCUCCGCACAUCUCUCUCUCUCUCUCUCUCUCUCUCUCUCUCUCUCUCUCUCUCUAGUUUUAGAAGUGGUAGUAAAGGAAUAUUGGUGACACAACUCUACAAAGUAGGAGAGGGGGGAGAGGUGAAAGAAGCCUAGCUUAAAGGAGUUGGGCAUGGAGAGAGUACAAGAAGCAAGAAAAGGGUAAGAAAGAGUCUCACUUUGAACAAAGUUGGACUUGGUGCCAAUCCAAUCCCAGCAAACCCUUUGUACCACAGAGGAAAGAAGAUUAUUAUUAAAAGUGUUUGGAGUACUUCAAGACCACUUGGUGCAAGAAGGAGAGAAAGCAAGUUAGAGAGAAGAAGCCUUGUUGGGUGGUGGAAAGGGUCAUGAAUUUGUUUACUUUGUUAUUCAAGGAGAUCAGGACUAAGAUCCACUCCUCAUGCUUCUUUUGAUCUCCUCCUUUCUCCUAAUCUCUUCUCUUCUCUCUCUGUCUCUCUCUCUCUCUAGAGCUUGGUAAAUGGUUUUUUCCUUGAGCACUUAGUGAGCUCCUCUAGUUAGAAAUGCCCAUGAUAGUUUAAAGGAGGAGCUAGACAUCCUUAUAUGUAUCUUUAGUUUACUCCUCAUGGGGCUCAAUAUUUUGGGAUCUUGAUCAAACCUGGUGGUAAUAUAUACAUGAUGGCCCAUGAAUCCAACUACACUGAUUUCCCCUCCAACCCGACGACGAUGCACGGCUUCGACUCGAACCACGACCUCUUCGCCAUCCAAGCAGCUUCUGGGCUGGACAUGGUGGGCUUCUCCUCUAAGCAGCACCAAAUUAUAAGCUCCAACCAUGUGAGAGGCUUCUUCCCAAAAGAGCUUUCCAAUAUUGCUUCUUCGGUAAGCCCGUGGCCCAUCGACGACACCGCGAUAAGGCACCACAGUGGGGGCUUAUCCUUGUCCCUCUCUAAUCCUAGGCCCUCAUCAGAUGCUUUUGGGUUGGCUCAUGAUCAGCCCUUCAACCAGGGAGAUGCAAGUCAUAAUCAUCAUGGAUUACUCUCAAGGGCUUCUGCUUCUGCUUCUCAUCAGCAGCAGCUUCUGAUGCAUGAGGGGAUGAGGGCUUUUCAUUCUCAGCAAACCUUCCAGCUGGGGAGUUCUAAGUACAUGAUUCCAGCUAGGGAGCUUUUGAAUGAGUUUUGCAGCCUUGGAGGGGAUCAAAGCAGCUUAAUGAAGAAGCCCCAAAAGAGCACAAGCCAGUGGGAGGAAGGAGCUUCUUCUUCCUCCACUUCAUGGGGUCAUCAGUCUCUACAUAGUUUGGACCUUUUGGAGCUGCAGAAGAGGAGGGCUAAGCUCUUUACCAUGCUAGAAGAGGUGGACAGGAGGUAUAGAAAAUACUGCGAACAGAUGAGGGCGGUGGUGUCGUCGUUUGAGGCCGUUGCGGGGGGAGGGGCGGCGGCCGUCUACUCAAAGCUGGCGUCGAGGGCCAUGUCGAGGCACUUCCGGUGCUUGCGGGACGCGAUCGUGGGCCAGAUUAGGGCGACCAAGAAGGCCAUGGGAGAGAAGGAGCCAGUUGCACCGGGGAUGACGAGGGGAGAGACGCCGAGGCUCAAGAUUCUCGAUCAAUGCCUGCGGCAGCAGAAGGCCUUUCAGCAGGGCAGCUUCAUGGAGACCCACCCGUGGCGACCGCAGAGGGGCCUCCCCGAGCGCUCCGUCUCGAUUCUCCGCGCUUGGCUCUUCGAGCAUUUCCUUCACCCGUAUCCCAACGAUGUCGAUAAACAUAUUUUGUCACGGCAAACCGGACUCUCGAGAAGUCAGGUGUCCAAUUGGUUUAUUAAUGCAAGGGUGAGGCUUUGGAAGCCCAUGGUGGAGGAGAUGUACAUGGAGGAGAUGAAGGAACAGGAGAAGCAAUCCUCCAAUCUAGCAACUGGUCAUCAAGACACCACCACCAACCAAAACCCUAACCCUAAACCUCACCCGGGCCUCGACCAGAAGCCGCCACCGGGCCGACAUCUCAUCCCCAACUCCGAUUCCCUCUCGUCGGUCGUCAACGGCGGCCACAGUCGCGACCAAGGCGAGAACGCAACCAUGAAGAGCGCAAGGCACCAUGACAUCGCCGCCAACUUUGGUAUGGAGGAUUGGGACUUCCCCUCCUACAACAAUGGUGGCCACAACUUGGGGAGCAGCGUCUCAUUAACGCUGGGCCUUCAACAGCACAACGGCGGGGGGAUGAGCCUAUCGUUUGCGCCGCCCCCCGAACAGUCGACUCUCCUCUUCGCCAGAGACCAUAUCGACGACAACCAACCGGUUCACUUCUCCAUGUUAGAUGGAGAGGCACAGGCUCUCCCUUAUAGGGACUUGAUGGGUGCUCAGUUGCUCCAUGACAUGGCUGGAUAAAAGAGAGAAAAAGAGAGAGAGAGAGAGGACUCAAAGGACGGUGCACUUUUAUAGAGAGAGAAACUGAGCACGUAGGUGAGGAAGUUUUUAUCUAUCUCCCUUGUAAAAAAUUUGUUUAGGAAGUAGUAGUAAUAGAUAGUUUGCACUUUGUACGCUUGGGUUGCAGUGAGAUGGUGCAUCUAUGAUUGCAUGGAAUGGACAAUAGGAGAGGGUGCAGUUGCAGUGUCUUUGUUAGAAGCUUAAUUGCAUGUACACGUCCAAAUGUUUCAGUUGAAAAAUAUACAUACAACUACUUCAUUCAAUUGUUGUAUAUAUACUUUUCCUGAUCGAGAAA